CCACACAGUCAUGAUAAAGAACAAUCUAUGCGCUUUUGAAUCUUGUCUAAAACGAUCUAAAAUGGUAUAAAGAAAAGCAAAUUGAAUUAGCAAUGUCGAGGGGGAAUCUUUUAAUCCGGUAAUGAAGAAGGAAAGCUUGAAAGAAGAUAAAAAUGAAAGGGCUCCUAAUCAAUGAACUAACAUUUGAGGACAGACUUGCAUAUGAUGAGAUCUUUGUUGAAUACUUCAAUGCAUUCUUGGCUCUACCAGCAUUUYCCAAGGUAGUUCAGUAUAAUCCAUUGUCAGGUGCUUUUCAAGAAGUCUCAAGAGACAGCAAUUCAUUGACGUUACAGCCAAGUGAUGACGCUGAAAAUGAGUCCAAAAAGAGAGAAAAAAUUAUGAAAUGGGUCAAGAGGGAAAGACUUUCAUUAUUCCUGAGAACUCGUCUUUUCCUCGAAUUCAAACUCUGUCGUCUCCUAAUUCGUAAACUUCGAGAUUCGCGAUCAACAGCUCGUGAAAGCAGCCGAGGGUUACGGGGCUACAGCCGUGCAACAAGCUCAACAAACUACACACCUCACACCGUCCGACCAUCCAGUAAUACCUCCAACAGAUCAUGGCCAGGUGUUCCCGUCAGGCAUUUCGGUCGCCGUCCUCUGGGUAGCGCUACUAGCUUGCCUGGAAUGUUGCGAUUGGCCGUGAAUGAGAAUACGGAGGAGAGUUUUGGGGAUACCAGGCAACUUGUUGAACAGAUGUAUGUCGAAGCGGAAUUGAAACAAAUGAAAAGCGUUCAAAUUGAAGAUGUUGGUGCCCAAGAAAAUCAGGAGAAGAAUGGCGCAAAUGGGCAAAAUCAAGACACAGAGCUGGAAAAUACAUUAAAAGAGACUUCUGAUGAUGACCACAAGGAUGAUAACGGAAGAGGGUCAGACUUAGGGUCAGAUCAGGAGGGAGCAGAAGAUGAAGAGCUUCGUGCUGUUAUGGAGUUCGGUGAAGGUGACGACGGUCAGGCCGAAGCAGAUGUUAAAAGUAUUGUGUCAAAGCACAAGACAACUUUACAGGAGCUAAAAGAACAGAUAUUAGGAUCGCUGCAAGGAAUGACUCUUUUUCGCGCCUUUCUAGAGGACACUUUAGGAAUCCAUUUGUACAAUUUUUGGCUUGAUGUUGAACGAUACAAAGAUAGUUUACAAUCUGAGCCAGAGGAAAGCAUACGAGAACUACGAACCAAACUAUUUAGGGACAUUUUAGACAAAUAUAAGAAUUACCUAACGGCCGAUGCCAAAGAACAAAUUGAUAAAGCUCUUUUCCACGGGGGUGUAACCCAAGACCUCUUUACACGGACCCAGUAUGACAUGCUACGUAGGAUGCGAUCCUAUUGGGUGCCGAGGUUUCUUGUUCAUUUGGAGAGAAACGAGGACUACAGAGAAAACUAUUUCGCUCAAGUCAACCCACGUGAUCAAUAUCGCCCUAACUCAAAUCUGAGCUUUUUCCCUUCUCUCUCAUUUGUUCAUUCUAUUCCACCGUUGGGAGACUGGUGUCGAGAGAUGAUUYGCACUCAGUCUCGUAAAUGGGACCGCGAUAUCUUGAUAAAAGACAAGAGAAAGAAGUCAGUCAGUCAGAGACUCAAUACCAUCCCAGAAGGGAAUGUUGUCGAUCCGUUCGUGUCUGCAUUGAAGGCCGAAAAGGAUGCUGGGUAUCCUUUCAAGCGAUAUCUUCAAUCGAGAAAAGAAAAGCAUUKCUUGUCAAGUCUGUGUUUUUGGCUCGAUGUCAAAGAAUUCUACGCAGGUGAAAAACGAUCCAGAGACAGGUAUCUCAGUCGGUGUACUGGCUGGACCAUCUUCAACAACUAUUUGGCUCCAGGGGCGGACAUGAAUAUUGGAGAAACAGAAAGAAAACGAAUCGAGAGCAUUCUUCAAUCUUCAGAAGAACUUCCACGUGACCUGUUCUCUUCAACUGAGAAACACUCAAUAGAAGUAUUAAGACAUCCGUGGGAGGAUUUUAAAGAUUUUGAUUUGCAGCGUUAUYGCAAACCGCMUCGAAGACCAUCGGAUCGAACAGGGUCGCCAUCUUUAUCACAACAAGACAAAAAACAGACCGAAGAUUAUUAUUCACCAACCACAGGACGAUGGGUGAAAAGGCACCCCGGCUCAUCUCCAUCAGAGCGUGGUCGUCGGUUAUACACAUCACUGGCCGUCGCAGAAGAAAUCGAUGCGGACAGAUCCUUCUCGUCGUCCCCAAAACGUUCAAUACCGCUUCCACAACCUACUCAAAGCAAGAAAAACAAGGCGACCAAGACGAAGAAGAAAGCCAAGACAAACAGGAAUGUAACCUUUCGAAGGAAAAAGAAAGCUGUCAGUGAUACUGAAGACGAGGACGACUCUGAUUCAUCGGAAUCUAAACAGGAAAAACCUGCUAGACCUGUUACUCCAGAUUUUGUUGAUGUCGUGGAAAAUAAAGGAACCAUGGCUUCCUUCAAGCAGUAUGUACAAAACAUGGAAGGACGGCAAGCAUUCAAUCAACUAGUUAUGUAUUUAGAAAUUGAACAGUAUCUUGGUAUUCUACCGUCCAAGAAGAGCCAAAAAUCUCAACAAGCAACGAACAUUUAUAAGACAUUUAUUGAUCCAUCUUCUAGAAGGUCAGUAAGUCUUCCCUCGCUUUUGGUUGACAAGAUAGAAAACGAUCGUCCCUCGUCACCAGUCCUAACCGAGUCUCAACAAGCCGUCAAAGCCGAUGUAGAAUCCUACUUUAAAACCUACUUCAAACAGAGCCGAGAGGCUUCAUCAAAACGAGCUGACGGCACAUCUACUCCCAACACACCAGGCCAAGCCAGUAAAACAGACGGGUUAGAGACAUCACAAAGCUUUUUACAGUUUUAUAAAAGAAAGGCGCAGAAAAGAUCUAAGAAUACAGGACGCGUUCAACCUACUAAAGAAGACCGAGAAGAGUUCAAAAGAAUACUUCAAUCAACCCAAGGACGACUGCCAGUCAAACUGGAACUAUUCAGACGAUAUCUACAAAACCACAGCGACCCCGAAACUGUCCCUAAACUUGAGAAUGAUUUAAUGUUUUAUCUGGAGGUGCAAAAACUGAAGGAUCUUUUUAACUAUCUAGACGAUGCUUCACUAAAUAAAAAAGUAGAAACAAUCAUCGAAUGUUUUCUCGACUCAGCCUCCCCUCCCUGGCUUCAGAUCGAUAUUGGGGCAGAGUUAGCUUCCAAGAUUAUCCACAAAGCUCAGAUGAUUUUUUCGUCAUCCAAGAAAGYAUCCCGAGAUCAGAAGGACCCAGGAAUAUUCGACGAAGCACAGAGUAUCGUGUUCAAGGAGGUAUUGCCUUAUUGGGCGGGGUUCUGUAAAACAUAUAAGCCACCGGAGGAUGAAAACACGGUCAAACUACCUCCAACUAAACAAGAGAAGAACCUCCAGAGACGGUACAAUGAAUAUCUCCAAUAUCAAGCAGUAACAGAAACAUUAGUUCUUCCUCCUGUUAAUCCGACCACUGGUCAGUCGCGAAGUGAGGCUACUUUCACUUUCUCUGACGGCAUGAGAUGGAAGGAUCGGCGAGAGGUAGAUACAGCAAGUGUGGUAUCCAGUGUUCAAGGGAGUGUAACAGGAGCAGGACGUAAAACAAGCACCAUGGAUGCAUCCUCUAUACAGCAGAUUGAAGUUGGUAGUUGACAGUAGUAUUUAUAAUCCAUACUAUCCUGGCUUCCAGUAAAACAAGCACCAUGGAUGCAUCCUCUAUACAGCAGAUUGAAGUUGGUAGUUGACAAUAGUAUUUAUAAUCCAUACUAUCCUGCUGGCUUCCAGUAAAACGAGCACCAUGGAUGCAUCCUCUGUACAGCAGAUAGAAGUCGGUAGCUAUAGUUGACGACAGUAUUUAUAAUGUAUACUAUACUCGCUUCAGUACUUUUCGAUCGAAGGUUUGCAACGAAUCCUACGACCGAGAAGUACUGGAGCAAGACCGCCUCUGGAACCCAGGGUAAAUUCAACCUCUCUCCCCCCCCCCACCACCACCACCUCCAAAAAGAAAAAAAAAAAAUACAGGGAGGAAAAGGAUUAGGAAGACAAAGACCAAUUAAUACGCCGUCGAAUUCUCUAUCAAUGCAAUCAUUUUUAUUAAAUUUUUUUCAUUGAGGUCAGAGUAAUGAAGAUAAUUUAAUUAAGAGAACAGGAGAAAGCGAGAAAGCGUGCAAGUAGGAUUCUGGGCGCGGUUGUUCGAAGCCAACAAUAAGAUUUAUCCGUCGGAUAGUGCUGUCCAGGCUUUGUACAACCGGGCCCAGGUAGUCGCAGAAAAUAACCAUAUACAUAGAAUGCUAAUCACCUAUAUUGUAAUUUGAAAUACUGUAAAUAUACAAUACAUCAGCUAGUUUYAGCUGUGCGCUUGCGCAGGAGCAACAUGUCCUUUGAUGGGAAAAAACCUCGUCCCUUAAUUUUCAAGGUUACUUGCGAACACAAAAUUCAAGAUUGUAUGCCAAAAAAUCUUGUGUAAUGCUUAUCACAAUAUUUAUAUAUAAAGGAAAAAACCCGC